UGUGAUGUUUUGCUGUUACAAAUAAUGCCACAGUUGUUAAAAACCUGUUCCUAUGUUGAUUUGUACUUGCAGAGGUAUAUAUUCAGAGCAGAUUUCUAGAAGUAUAAUUGGUGGGUCAAAGAAUAAAUGCAUAUGUAGUUAGCUCCUUCCAAAUUCCUCUGUUGGGGCAUUGCCUUACCCUUCCCCCUACCCUACCCGCCCUGGGAGUAUAGGGGAGGCCUGUCCUCCUCUAGGUGUUGUAGGAGAGGCUGCUAGGCUGUGGCCUACCUUCUCGCAGCCUCCCUGAGUUCUCCUGCAGCUGUGAGACACUUCCUACAGGAAGUGUAGACACUUCCUACAAGCUGGCAACUGCCCCCUCCAGCCCCCGUGUCUCUCCUCAUCAUGAGGGAUAUAAGGAAGCAGGAGUUCACCAGGACCGGAGGGAUUUUAAUGUAAAACCACAGAGGUUAAAAGAGAAUGGUUGAGAGAACAACUUGAGAUUUUUAUUGAGAUAAUUGCAGAUUCACAUGCAGUUCUAAGAAAUAAUACAGAGAGAUUUCGUAUAUUCUUUACCCACUUUCCCCUAAUGUUAACAUCUUACACAAUAUAGUACAAUAUCUCAACCAGGAUUUUGACAUUGGUAUAACCUACUAUAUUAUUCAGCUUUUCCUAGCUUUUACUUGUACUCAUUUGUGUGGGGUUGCACAUAUGUAUUGUUCUAUUGUACUAAGCUGCAUAGCCUAUCAUAUUAAUAAAAGAACACUGCAUUAAGUUCUAUACAAUUUUAUCAUCUAUGUAGGUUUUCAUAUCUACCAUGAGAGUCAAGAUACUACACAGUUCGAACAUGAUGAGGAUCCUUCCUAUUGCCUGUGACAACCUACAGAGGCACUUCUCUCCCACAUCACUUUCUAUUUUUAACUUCUGGCAACCUCUAACCUGUUCUAAAGUUUCUGAAUUUCUUAAAUUUUGUCAUUUCAAGAAUGUUAUAUAAAUGGAAUACAUUCAUUAUGUAACUUUUGGGAUUGGAUUUUUUUUUUACUCAGCAUGAUUCCCUGGAGAUUCAUCCAGGUUUUUGUGUGUAUCAAUAGUUUGAUCCUUUUUAUUGCUGAGUAGUGUUCCAUGGUAUGGAUAUACCACACACUGAGAUCUUUUAUUUUAUUUGGUAUUGAUUUGUAAAUGGCAUUAUGUUUUAAAUUGUGGUUUCCCUAUUUUAUUGUUAACCUAUGGAAGUGCUGUUGGUUUUUAGGUGUUAAUCCUUGUUUACUAAUAACUUGCUGAACUCACUUAUUCUAGAAAAUUUUGUAGAUUUCUUGAGUUUGCUACGUGGAUAAUCAUGUCAUCUGCACUUGUCAAGGUUUUUUUUCUUCCUUUCUAAUCGGUAUGCCUUUUAUUCCCUUACUGCCAUAUUGCAGUGACUAGAACAUCUAAUAUUAUGUUGCAUAGUAGCAUGGAAAGCAGACUUCCUUGUAUUUUCCUCAAUUUUAGGGGAAAACAUUUAGUCCUUCUAGCUUUUUUGCAGAUGAUCUUCAUUAAGUUGAGGUGAUUUCCCUUUUUUCCUAAUUUGCUAAGGGUUUUUAUUGCGGGUGAGUGUUAAAUUUUGUUAGAUGCUUUUUCCAUGUCAAUCAAUAUGAUCACAUGAUUUUUCUUCUUUAACUUGUUGAUAUAUUGAACUAUAUUGAUUUGGUUUUCAAAUGAGAAGUUACUUUGGACAAGUAAAGAAGGGAGUAGACUCUGUAAGACUUAGCCAAGUCUUACAAAUGAAAGCCAGGGUGUUUAGAUUUGAGUCUAGUGCAUGGCAUUGUCCGAAGUACGUUCUGUGACAUAUGGUAAUAGCGGAGACGUAAAAAUGUAAUUUCAUGGUCCCUACUAGUUUGAGAAACUGGGUUAAACUAAGUUUAAUAGGCUUCUUUAUUAUUGGACUUGUCAGAGCCUUUAAUAUGCUGCAUUGAGUGAUCUCUAUAUUUCCAAAAGGGGAAUAAAGUGUAUAAAGUUUCCCAAUCCAGUUUAUCCACAAAAUCUACCUUUUCCAUAAUGCCUGUGGUAAUGGGAAGAUGCACUUCGGGGAACAUUGCCAUAGGAAAUUUUUCCAAUGAAAAUUUCUGAUAUGGGGAGUAUUAUAGAAGAAAUUCAGUAUGCUAUGGUGGCUCUGACACAUGGACCUUUAGGCAGGUUUCCUAGCAGCUGAAGGAACAUUUCAUUAUCUGUUGAAUAGGGAAUAAAUCUGCCUCCCAUGAUGGCAAUGAGGUGUGGAGGUGAAGAGUGUGGGCUCUGUAGUCAAAUAUCUUGAUUCAAAUCCUGGUUUUGCUCACCUAGAAGGUGUGGGGAACAUUGGAGAAAUUGCUUAACCACUGUGUGCCUCAGUUUUCUCAAAUGUAAUGUGAGAAUAGUAACAUUUCCUAUUCUCUAGGAUUUUAGAAAGCUUUAAUGAAUGAAACAUGUAAAGUGUUAGAGACAUACAAGGCACAUAGUAACCAUCCAGUAGUUGUUACCUUUGAUGUUUGUAGCUGAAGGAUGAAGUGAGAUGGUCAGGAAAGCACCCAUACUCAGAAAGUCAUUAUUAGGAAAGUGGACCCAAGGGCAGUUGUAGGAUGAGUUACGGGCGGGUGAAUCUGUGGUCCCCCAUUGAAUGCUUUCAGGACCAGCAUGGUGAGAGUGCCAGUGGAGAGAUUGCUUUUAAAAAUAUUUUCUUGGACUCUAAAGUAUUUGGUGCCUGAAUACGAGAGGUUAAAAAAAACAAAACAAAACACUCAAAGGUAACAAGGUUGAGCCUUGGCAUUAGGGAAAUGGAUUUUGUAGUCACCAGGAAUGAAGUCUGUCCUGGAUAUUAAUGGGUAAGCCAGAUAAUUUUGGCAUUGUAGUUAAAAAAUAAUAAAUAUUUAAAUUUCUGGUUUUAACAAGUGCAGGAAAAUAAAGUGUUGCAGUCUGUUUAUGCAAAAAACUGAAAUCUGAUCAGUAUUGAUAAAGGAGCGACCUGAUUAUGCAGUUACACUACAAAGAGAAUUAUGCCCAUGAUGCAACUUCGAACUUUGAGAACAUCUCAGCUUUUUAUUUGGGGCACUGAAGUAGUAGAAUAGCUCCUCAGAGGAAAUUAAGAGAGAGAAAGGCAUGCUGGUGCACAGAACGAAGGAGAGAAACAAUGCAAGAAGGAAGAAUUGUAAAGGUCCUUUGAGAAAUCAACGAGCAUAACUUAAAGAAUGGGAGAAGGGAAACUGUGGUUGCAAUAGCAGAGAAGAUUUAAGCAAGAGGGCAGCUUGGUAACAUGACUUAAGAUAAGCCAAAUGUGUAAGAUUUUUUAAAAAAGUGUUUGUUUGUUUGUUUGGAGACUCAGCACCGUGAGCAGGGGUUGGGGGGUGGGCAGAGGGAGAGAGAAUCACCAGCAGACUCCACACUGAGUGCAGAGCCUGAUGAGGUCCCAUGACCCCAAGGUCAUGGCCUGAGCCGAAACCAAGAGUUGGAUGCUUAACCAACUGAGCCACCCAAGGGCCUCAAGAGUUAACAUACUGUAUGCAUAAUUAUGGACUUGACUUUGACUUAGAAUGUAGCCCAAUUUUGUUUUCAUCUUAUUUCUUAUUUUUUGGCAUAGUGCCUUUGGAUCCUAACCUUUGGGAACCCACUAGAGCCCAGAAUACAAUUACCAGAAGGUAACAAGUCUAAAAACAUUGAACAGGCCUUAGUAUUUUAGUUAAUAAAUUAAAUGUGUGUGUAUGCAUUUGUGUAUUGCUUAACUUAAAGUUAAAAAUUUUCUUCUUUCUAUAUCUGCUUUUUAUUAUCUUUUCCUCAAAAUCAUCUUUUCCAUUAGCCCUCAGGAUAUCAUGGCGCUAAACACCAUGAGUGAAUUUUCCCAGAUAAUACUGUUUAUUUUUUUGCCAAGUACAGAGGCUCUGAAUAAACCAGAAUCAAUGCUUUUGGGAAGAAAAAAAGAAGUCAGUUAAUCUCUAUUUGGCUGUCAUGGUCAGCAGACUAAUGGCCCCUCAAAGAUGUCUCCAUCCCAAUCCCUGGAACCUGUGAGUAUGUUACCUUUCAUGGCAAAAGAGAGAUAUGAUUCAAGUCAAAGACUUUGAGUUACAGAAGUUAUCCUGAAUUGUCCAGGCAGACUCAGUACAAUCAUGGACUCCAUAAAAAUGGAAGAGAGAAGCAGAGAGGUAAGUCAGAGGAGGUGAGACUAGGGAAGAACGGUUGGAGAUGCGAUGUUGCUGACUUUGGAGACGGAGCAAGGGUCCUGCUGGCCCAUUCAUGGCUGCCUCCCCCACAGAUGCAGGAGACUUCCAGACAGAUCCUGGCAGGGAGGCUGCUUCACACCUCCCACCUGCAAAGCCCUCACAGCUGCCCACUACUGCCGAAGGGUGACAGUAAACACAUUUACAGACAGUGUGACGUCAGUCAGUAGAAAUGAAAUCCUACUUCUCUUUCGAUUUCCAGAUCUCAUGCAAAUACCUUUCACUGGCAAAAUUUAACUUGGAAUCCUGUUGGCAGGGGUCUGGUAGAUGCAGUGCCUCAUGUUCCAGCCCCAGAAAGACAGGGGUCUACCAUGGAAGAAGAAAAUGGUGCUGCUUGGCCAGGAGAUGAGCUGACAUGUGUGGUCAACCACAGCAUCCUGUCUCCUCCCAGGACAGAAUGAGAGCCCAGUAGGAGAAAGGCAUCCACUCUCCCUGUGAGCUGACACUCAUAUUUAUCAAGGUCCUGAUGCGCCUUUUAGCACCUUUUCUCCCUCUUUUAAUUCUGAAAACAAACUUGCAGAAGAGUUGAUCUGAUUAUAGUUACAGGACUGUUUAUUGAACGCCUGCUACCGGCUAGGCACUGCUAUUGGACUGGGGUUACAGCUAGGGUGACCAACUAUCCAGGUUUGCCUGGGACUGUUCUGGUUUUAGCACCAAAAGUCUUGUGUCCUGGGACACUGCUUGGUGCUGGGCAAACCAGGAGGGCUUUGACACAAUAGUGAACAAGGAAUUCUUUGCACUCAAGGAACUCACAUUCAAGGUGGGAGGUCCAGAGACAGACACAAAAUAGAAAAAAAUAAAGGCACACUUUUACAUAUAGUGUGGCAUCAAUUUAGAAGGAACAUGAAGUAUUUAUUUAUAUAUUGGUUCAUCUGUUCAUUCUGAAAAAGGAGAUGGCUCCUUCUUUACCUAGUGGACAAAAGAGAGGGCCACCCCAGGACAUAAUUUUGCUUCCAGAAGGAUCAGAGUGGGUACAUAUCAAGUGGGUAGGUUCCCAUUACCCUGAGGUAAGAGAAUAGAAGGGAUGUUGUUCUGGCUUACCUAGCCUGCCCUUCACAGGUGGCUUUUGGGACAGGUCUAUAACCUUUCAAAGAGGCCACGUGCACCAGGAAGAGGAGGAUGGGGACUCUAGCCCUACCUCUUUGAGAGUCAGCCCUGUUAGUUGCUUUCUGAUGGAUAAAGGUAAUCCUGAUUGAGGGCUGGGUAGGAAAGACAGCACAAGCUCCCAAGUGAGCUGACCGGGAGUGAAGGUGGGCUAGACCUAGCCCCAGGACCUAGGGAGCUCUUACACCCAGGUGGUUUUGGUCACUGUUGUAUCAGUGGUGACCAACUUGUCCUCAUUUGUCCAGGACUAAAGGGUGUCCUGGGACAUGGGACUUUAAACCCACAGCUAACUAGGGUGGCUUUUAGGAUGAACAGAGUUUAUCAUCCAAACCAAGACACCAGAGUGAAAUGGGGGGUGGGGAUAUUGAUAAAUAUACCAGUUCAACCAGGUGUAUGUUGGGGCCAUCCCAGGGAGUCUGAGAGAUAGAACCCUAUUCACAUUAGACUACUUUUAUUUCUGGUUCAAAUUCGAGAAAGUGCAGUGCAUUCUGCAGCUGAGGCAGGAGACCUUCCCUUAUCCAGGACCUUGCUAUGGUGACAGACUAUGGGGACAGUGAUUGUGGUGUAAAUGUUAACUAAACAGCUCAAAUAUGAGCUACAUUACCCAACUACAGACAAAACUGUCCUCAGGGCACCAGCAAAGCAGGGGAACAACCAUAGGACAAGAAGAGAAGUUUAGAAAUUUACAAUAAAAAUAUCUAGCAAGUAUCUAUUUUAAUUGAAGUACAUCUAUGUUUUGUGCUAUUUCAGAAAAUAAAAAUUCCUGUAAGUUACUUGGGAUGCAAUGGUAUUGACAGUAUGAGAGUCCAGAUCAGCUUUCCAGCACUUUGUGUCUUGAGGGAGCCUGCCUGGGCCCUGCUGAGGGUGGGGUGCCCUUGACCCUGUAACACGAGCUUGGAGUUGGCCUGUCUGGGUGCUCCACCAUGGCUUGGCAGUCUGUACGGCCACCAAAGUGCUGGUGACUGGAGGCCGUGCAGCGAGUCCAAGAUGGAUUGGGAUUUGAACAAGAGUCCUCUGCAAAGCGCACACUCUUUUUCUUUAUGAGGGUCGCUCUUGUGCUCUCACUAACCAUAUCGCAGAGGGAAGUGUUAUCAAGUAGCAGCACGAAGUAAUAGGGGAUAUAGAGGAGAAAGGAAUGAGCUCUGUCCGGAUGGCUGGGGGGGAAGAGAUAGUAAAUGUGUGUAAGUCCCUGUCUAUCCAUGGAGUGUGGUUGUCUGCUGCUUCCUGGGGUCACUUAGAACAGAUUCCCAAAGAGGAACUUAGUUUUUCCUGGGGUCUGAUCCUUGAGGUCAGGAGGCCUGAAAAUGUUUAAGUAUUUAUUUCUUUGAAACCUUGAGACCAGCAGGAGAAGAAAGGAUAUAAAUGGAGCAGGAAGAUAGAGGACGGUGGCCAAAGGAGUCCUGAGUAGAGCCUGCUGAGCCCCUGCCGAUGCAAAAACCAGCCCCCACCUGGAGGAGCUCUGGAAGAGAGAAGAGCCCAAGAGCUUCCAGCUCUGGGACAAAAGCCCUGGCCGUUCCUGCCUUGCCAACCAAGGGAGAACAGGAAGAUUGCCAGUGAUGAGAAGGGGUGAAGUAAGGAGGCCACGACACACCGGAAGCCCCUAACCAGACACACGGCGGGAAAGGAGAGAGUGAGCAGAACAAACAUCUCAAGACCAGCCUCCCAAACGGUUUCCAGAGAUGGAUUAUCUUACUUUCUUCUUGGCUAUUCUUCACGUAUACAGAGCUCUAUGCGAAGAGAUGUUUUGGGACACAACUGUUAAACUUGCUGAGAAUAUGAGUCUAGAGUGUAUCUAUUCAUCACUGGACACCUUAACUCAGAUGGAAUGGCUCAAGAUCAAUACAACAAACAGAGAGCUCAUAGCCAUUUUCAGCCCUACCUAUGGUUUGAGUGUAAGACCACCCUAUACUGAUAGGGUUUAUUUUUUAAAUUCCACCAUGGCGUCUAAUGAUAUGACCCUGUCCUUUCAUAACGUCUCUGAGGCCGAUGUUGGCUUCUACUCUUGCUUUCUUCAUACUUUCCCACAUGGACAUUGGGAAAAGGUGAUCCAGGUGGUUGCAUCAGAUAAUUUUGAGAUCGCUGUGCCAUCAAAUAGCCACAUCGUCUCAGAACCUGGUAAAAAUGUCACGCUCACCUGUCAGCUACCACAGAAGUGGCCAGUACACCAGGUUAUGUGGGAAAAGAUCCAGCCCCAUCAGAUCGACCUCUUGGCGAGCUGCAACUUGUCCCAAGGGAAGAGUUAUACUUCAAAGUACCAAAGACAGAUACUCAGUGACUGUAAUCAGGGCAUGAGAAGCACCUUCAUCAUCAUGCCCCACGUCAUGGCCUCUGACUCAGGGCUUUACCGCUGCUGUUUCAGGGCCCACGCAGGGGACAACGAGACCCCUGAAAUGUUCGCACUGAGGUUGACUGUAACUGAUGGUAAAACUGAUAACCAGUAUAUUCUCUUUGUGGCUGGAGGGGCAGUUUUAUUGUUGCUGUUUGUUAUCCUAAUUACCAUCGUCGUUGUCAUUUCUUAUAACAGGAGAAGGAGACAGAAAAAACUAUUUAAACAACCCUGGGAUGCACAGAAUAAGGCAGCCAACAACUACAGAAAUCCCGACUCUACCAAUCAAUCAUCGGAUGGUGCAAGAGAGGAUAUUUAUGUCAACUACCCAGCCUUCUCUCACAGGCCAAAGACCAGAAUCUAAGCUUUUUCCUUGAUCUGAGCAAAUUUAUGAUGACUGUUAUGUAUGUGGAUCUUUACAUAAUUUUUUCCCACUACUCAGUGCCUACCCUGGAUACCAGUUGGUUGAAUAUAUUUAAUUUGAUAGGAAAAAUACUUUAUAACCUGGAGAGCAUUCUUAACAGAAGUGUUUCAGAAAACCUGACUCUACAUAAAGGGAAACUUACUGAGUCAUGUAAUGGAAGAAUCCAGGGGAGAGAUCAAGCUUCAGGCAAGGGUUAUUUACCAAGGUUUAAAUGUCAUGUCUAGAAUUAAGUUUGGGCAUAAACCCGUUUCUGGGCCUCCUUUCGUGGAGUUGGAUCCACUUUAUUGGUGUUAGCCUAACUCUUAUUCAUGUGUUUCCCUUGUGUUUCCAACAACUCUUGGCAAUUCAUAAUCCUUGUUUCUGCCUGGUAGAGAGUUUACUUCUCUGAUAAAGCAAACAAAUUUGGUUAUUUGUCCAUCAUUAAACAGGCAUUAUGGCUGGAAAGGAUGAAAUGGCUUAAGUCAAUUAAGGGUUGACCUCUAGAACCAGGACUGAGGCCAAAGCACAUUACCAGGAAAUUCAGGGUAUCAUUAGAGGAGGGAAAUGGGGCCUGGAAGCUGCGCUGGUGACCAAAAAAUGUGCACUGCAAUGCCAUUCCCAAACAUCUCUUAUUAACCAACUAAAAAGAGAAUAUGUGGAUGGAUCUGGGUUAGCUUUCUCUCUCCCCACUUUAAAAUCUGCUCUAUCAGCAUAGUCCAGCAGAGUAGUUGGCAGCAGAAUAAAUGAAUGGCCAAGAGGAAGACAAAUGUGACAGGGAAAUCUCUUCACUCUCUGUUAUCAAAUAAAGUAAUCCCUGAUUCCACAUGGAAUUCUUGCCACUCUCCCUGGCUUAGCUUUUUGAGCAAGUGUAGUAGAUGGUCCAAUAAUAACUUAAGUUUUUGAUACUGAAUUUUUCUACUUCUGAGAAUUAUUUCAAAUAUGUAAAUCGUUUCAAAAGAGUCAGACAUCUAGGCAUUAUUAGUGUUUUUUUAAAAAAUAAUUAUGGGAAAUCUGAAUAUAAGAAAAAGAAUGGUAGUUGGAAGUGUGGUUUGGGUUGUGGUAGAAACAUGAGGGGGAGGAACACUGGGGCGCUAUAGGGAAGAAGGAACAGGGAACAAAGAAUGGGAAGAUACAGAAAUAACCUUGUCUUGCUUCACAGUUUGGCCAAAGACAACCCUAGCGAUAUCAAUACAGAGCGAUUAGUGGCCAUCCUGUCAUUGUUCAAAUUCUAGACGGGGUCAAAUGAAGAAAAGUAGUCCUGAAGCUAAAUAACGGUCAUGAUCACCCUGAAACCACAGUGGUCAUUACCAAAGAUAGCGAUCAUUCAUGUCUCAAAUAUUUAUUACUCAUCUCUAACAUUCACCACAAAAAUUGCAUGUAAGUAUCAAAGUUGUAGAUUUUUAUAAUUUUAAGUGAACCAAACCAAAUUCUCAUGUUAUCUAGGAAGAUUUGAAGCUGGAAUUUACAGUUUUAGGGGAGUCAGUGGCUAUUUUACGACAAUAGCUUUAACUACUAUGCGCGCCCAAUGUGUAGUGAUUCUGUGAAUCACAGAAAUUAUGAGUGCCCCUCCCUGCUUCAGAAAGGAAAAAGUAAAAAUGUCCACUUCUCGUGAGGUAUUUCCAAAUUCUCAAUGACUAAUAUGGGUGAGAAGGAAAGCAUUUCUACCAAUGCAAUAUGGGGAAAUGGAAAUUCCACUUGAACAGAGGAGAUGAUGUGUUUGGGGGCGGGGUGCACAAUACGACCAGAUGCCAUUGUCCUGGAGGUUUCACUCAUGGAAGAAUUCUGCAGCAGAGCCUGCAGACCAUUUAAAACCAGUCUCUUUCUCCAUGAAUGUUUUGCUUUUUCUUUAAUCUGUCACUCAGAAUAUUUAUGAGAACUAUAUCCUCUGUCCCUCUUCUUCGUGUAUUCUUCCUCUGCAGAGCUCAGGAUUUUUCAGGCAUUUGGAACCCUUCUAAGUCCUGCUGGAAUUUCUCUGUCCCCCCCAUCCCACCCACUGCCACUGGUCCUGUUACACUCUCAGCUGUUCAUGCUGAUGAAAUUCUACUCACUAAUUUCCUUUCCCUGGACAUCUUUACUUAUUAACAAAGCACUUUCAUUAUUGUCUGUUUAAUAUCAUUCCUAAUUUGCUAGAGUUCCAUAACUCUACCAUAUAUAUAUAUAUAUAAUAUGUAUAUGUAUAAAACUAUACCUACUAUAUAGAUACUAUAUGGUAUAUAUAGUAUAUUGUGUGUGUAUGUGUGUCAUACACACACAUAUAUAUGUACAUAUAUAUAUAUUUCCCCCUAAUCUGUUACACCUACUAUUCUAUUGUUAUUAAGGAAACGGAUCAAAACAGUUCCACAGAAUAAAAUGUCAGAAUUGAAUUAAAUUAUGUUUUAAAUCUUUUUUGAAAGGUGCUACUUAGGGAGCAAGAUGCUUCCUAGGAUUCUUUUUUACAUAUAUAAUUUAUGAUGAUAUAUAAUAUAUUACAUAAAAAUCUAUGUUUCCUUUGAAAGCCAUAAAUGUAAAUUUGAAUAUUUCCAUUAAAGUAACCAAUGAAAGGGAAUUGCUGUGUGAUGACAAGUUAGGUAAGUUUGUUAAAUGUCAUUAUAGAGUAUACAGUUUUGUUGGGGAAAGAAUACAUGCCAUUAACCUACGAUGACUAGGUGUUGAUUGUAUUAUCAUCAGAGAGACCUUGAGACAUUAUUUAAGGGCCUUUAUGCAUACUGAGAAAAUAGAAUUGAAAUUUCAUUAGCUUGUAAUUAUGCUUGUGGAUGCAAGGCAGUAGAUGAGGCUAUAUUCUUUAGUUGGUCAAUAUUAAAUUUUUAGGAUUUUUAAGUGAAUCAAUUUAUUACUAAAAUAUUAUACAUAUAAAUUUAAAAUACAUUGGUUAUCAAUUUACAAGACAAAGGAAGAUAAAAAUAACUUCACUAGGUUUACUUUCAUUGUAAAUACUCAAGUUAUGUUGGUUUAUAUAGAACUAUCUUAAAUCACAUCUACAGCUGCAUUACCGUAAUUUACCAAAUUGGUAGAGUCCACAUUGUAAUUAGAAAUUGCUGUAAUGAAAGUGCUUCUCCUUGAUUUAUAAUAAUGUGCUGUAUUCCGUACUGCUUAUAUGAGAUUUCAGCAAGAUUGGAGGUAUUGUAGAACUCAAUGUUUAUAAAGUUCAGUUGGAGGUGCUAAAUUGUGAGUAAAGUGUUUAGCUUCUUUCCACAAUAGUGGAAAAAUAUCUUUGAAAAAUAUAAAGUGGUGCAAACCUAUAACACAAGUAUCAUCAUUAGUUUGGCCACUACUAGAACAUAGUACCUAGAAAGUACUGACCUUCACAUUCAGGCUUUUGCAUAAAUUAGUAUACUUUUCUACUGGUCUUUUCACUGGAAUUAUUCUAAGUCAAGUCUCUAGGCUCUUAUACAUUUAUCUGAAACAUAAAAACAAGUAUUUUUUUUUAACUUUUCUAUUGCUAGUGACCCAUGUGUGGAACUGUGGCUUCUAGAAUUCACUGCAAUGCUUUAAGGGAAUUUUACAAAAUCUUCAAGGUUGGUUUACAUAGUAUUUCAGAUUCAAAGCACUAACUGUGUUGUAAGGUAUCAUAAUAAAACACCGAAUCUGGGGAUAUGUGUGAUAAAUGUCUGCAAUAAUUCCCAUUUAUUGCCUAUUGUCCCUGUUUGAAUGAUGAGUUAUAUAAUCACCCUGUUUAGAACAUUUUUUCCAGUUUUAUGUGUAAUUUCAGAUUGUCUGGUUUUGUAGGGCAUGCAAUGUACCUGACAUACUGAAUUCUGUUGUUUGAAUGAAUAAAGUGCAGUAUUUCACCAUCAUUAGUUUUACCUGCCAUCAAAGAUUAUUAGAAAAAAAGUCCGCUAGAAUAAUAUUAACAUAACGAGUUAAAUGCAGAAAAAAUUCAAACCACUGACGCUUUAUAACUUCUAUAGCACUGCAACAUUCAGUGCAUUUUCUAAGUACGUGGAGUUCAAAAUCAAAGUGCUGUAUGAGGGGUUUUUGCAAAAAAAAAAAAAAAAGUUUCCUGCCCUUCCCAUUUCCCCCCCCAUUGAGACAACAAAUUUCACUUCCUCUGAUUACUUUAUUUCUCUCUACUUUUCUGAAUAGCAUGCUUAUAUCAUUACUAGAUUUUUUUUCAAUUUUAGACAUUGUAUUUUGAUGCAGAUGCUUUCUUCUCCACGAACUCACCACACAUGCAUACAUUUCUCAUGUGCCCAUCCUUCCAAAAUAUUUGUAUUAAAGUUUGAUUAUUUCAAUAUUUGGUGUUUAUAUAUUUAUGACUUUGCCAACACUCUUCUCAGCUGAAUCAAAUGGUAAAAAUGAUCAUGCUUCUCUCCUACAGAACUUUGGUUUUCACCUAGAGCUAAUAAUUGUCUCUUUUUAGCUUUUAAUAGUUUUGUAUUUACCUUAAGUUUAUCUCAAACCCUUCACCAGUGACCUAGAUAAUCUCUCCAGAUUCUCUGUGAUGCAACAGAUGUUCCCAACUUUAACUUCCUGAAAAAUUCACCCUAGAAUCUUGACUUGGGUCAUUAAGCAGUGGUUCUUCCUGCAUGGCUGUCAUCCUCUGU